GUCCCACAACAAUGCCGAAAAAAUUACUUAACAGGGGAGCGAUUUUCAAAACGCAAUUCCCAUCUUUGACAUGAGGAAGGUAUGCACAUUGUAAGUGAACGGGUUUUUCCACUACAGUGCGUUCCCCUAAAAAAAAGACCACAAAAAAAAAAAAAUAUAUAUAUAUGUAUGUGUACAUAUUUAUAUGUAAAACAAGGCAAAGCACGUCUGCCUCCCCAUUUUUGCGAGGAGAAUUACUCCCCCUACGUGCGUCCAACUUCUUCCCCGUCUCGCGCAACACCGCCAACAAUACCGCUGAAGUACCAAAAAAAUGAUUAAAAAUGAAUAAAAAUGAGGUGAACAACUUUUUGUGCCAGUUUGACUUCUCCGCCCUGGAGGAGUUAGACCCAUCAUUAGCGGACGGCUACACCGCGUGCUACAGAAAAGAAGUCCCAUUCGAGAUAAAGGUGGAGCAGGCGAACAACGUGCCGCAGGAAAUAGGCUCACUGGAAGUUAUAACGGUGAAACUUUUGGCGUUGGGGGACGAAUCGAAUGCCAAGCGCAUCAAGAUAGAGCUAACCUGCGAAGCGGACCUCUUUUUUCACUUUACGCAAACAGUAGACGAACGGUCAUUUGUAGCCAUGCAGGCCAGCCAAAAACUUAUGAUUAAUUUUUCGGAAUAUUUGGAAGUUUUAAUAAAAAUGUUCAACUCCUGUGUGCGGGACCCGCGCAGCUUUUUGGCUGUCCUCACUGUGAAGCAAAACGGAAAAGCUCGGCUGGAUUUCAUAAAGAACGUGGAGUAUAAGUUCGUCGAACUGCUGGUGUGCGAGUUCGUCCAGUCCUCCGAGGAGACCAUAAGGGAGAGCAUUUCCUACAGGUACAAUGCCAUCAAGUCGAAAAACUCCAUAAUGUACAGAAGGUUGCAGGACAUAAAUCUGCUAAUCAAGUCGAAAAACCCCUCCCUCCUAAUGCAACUCCAAAAAACGGCAAGCAAGCAAAUGGAACUUCGCAAAAACAGGCACUGCACCAGAAGCAUAUACAACUCGAAUUGA